GUUUGGUAGCGUUGCUGUGCGGCGUGAUCUGUGCGCAGCGCGGAUGGAGGAAACAGUUUGAGGCUGAAACACUCUCCGACUACUGACGCGCUUCAGCGGAAUACGGGUCCGCGCGCUUGCAUGUGACUGUGUAACGCCUGCAGCUGCUCGUCACUUAUCAGCUAGACGUCUCCUCCUCCUCAUCCUCCGCCUCCCUAUUAUCUGUUUUCUUCUUUCCACCCGACCAGGAGGAGGGAAAUACCCCAAGAUCUCCAAAGGCCGCAGUUGUCUUGGUUACAUGUGGCACUAAUCCAAUAGGUGGAUGCUCCAAAACUGGGUUGCAAAUGUAAAAAUAGUGCUUUCCUCUUGAGCUGAAGUACUUCCAAUCUUCCUCGAGCUCCAUUAGAAAGACGUCCUUGAUUUAAUGGGUCCAAUCAUCGGGAUGUCGCCGGAUAAGAAAGCAGAAUCCCCGGGUGUUCUGGGGGAGCAGCGGACGGGCCUGCGCGGGGUUUGCGGGACGUUGCCCGAAGCCGAGUGUGCCGCCAGUCCUCUCGCCACCAGCUUGGACCGCAGCUCCAGCUCAGGAGACGAGGAACUCACCAACCUCAACUGGCUCCACGAGAACCUGCUCCAGAACUUCACGCUGGGCGGCCCCGAGGCCCAGUCGAGCCCGAGUCCACUGUUCGACAUCGAGGGGAACCGCGGCAGAUCCGUCAGCUCCUCGGCGGCGUCGCACGGGGGAGAGUCCAUGAAGUCCAAGCCGCCGUUCUCCUUCUCCCUGCUCAUAUACAUGGCCAUCGAACAGUCUCCCAGCAAGUCUCUCCCGGUGAAGGACAUCUACGGCUGGAUCCUGGAGCACUUUCCGUAUUUCUCCAGCGCCCCCACUGGCUGGAAGAACUCGGUGCGGCACAACCUCUCCCUCAACAAGUGCUUCCGCAAGGUGGAGAGGAGCCUUGGGAAGGUUAAUGGGAAGGGUUCUCUGUGGUGUGUGGACCCUGAAUACAGACCCAAUCUGAUCCAAGCCCUGAAGAAACAGCACUUUCCCACAGCCCACUCCUUCUGCACUCCCCCUGCUUCCCCGCCCAGUGCCUUCUCACCCGCACGCCACCUCUUCCUCCAGGACUGCUCUCUGAAAGAGUCGGACAUUGAUGCGGCGACUGCUAUGAUGCUCUUAAACUCGGCCCCUGGACACCACGCUGACCCAUGUGACCCGGACAGCCCUAUAGACCUCUCGCGCCGGGACUCGGUCCUAGUGAGCAGUGACCCAAAGCAGGACCACAACUACAGCAGCUCGUCCUUCCAGUGCUGCUCGUCUCGCUCUUCCUCGUCCUCCUCGUCCUCACUCUCAUCCCUGGACGAGGCCGGCUGUGAGUCCGGCCAGGCCCGUCGCGCCGGGAGCGAGGGUUUCCAUAGCGAUGAAGACUCGGAUGAGGAGAGGAACCCACGACUGCCCUCGCUCACCGUCAAGUGUCCUCUUCCGGGAAAACGGGCCCGGCACGAGUCCAAACCGGAGCUGGACGAGGAGUUGAAAGAGGCGGCCGGGUCUCUCUUGCACCUCGCCGGGAUCCGAUCCGGCCUGGAUCUCUCCAAGCAAAGGGCCAAAAGUAAAAAACUGGAAAAGCACCGGAAAUAAAGCCGAGAAAAAUUCCUUAGUGACGAUUUGAACCCUCAGUGACUGUGCCUCCUCAUUUUCCACAUCAUGGAAACCUUCUCUCUUGUUUUUGUUUUUCUACAUUUUUCGUUUUAUACGAGAGAAUUUCCCUCCCGGACUCAAACCACGGCAAUAGCAACUCUCACGCGGAGGUGAACGAAGCCAUACUGAGCGCGAAUGGAGAAACGUUCACGAUGAAGGAGAAACCGAGGAGAAAUUGUCGUUUUUUUUCUCUUAAACGUUUGCAUGCUUCCUCUUAAAGUGGGUGUCCUACUCUUCCAAGUGAAUCGGUGGUGUUUCUGCAGAGAACGAGUGCAUGUCCGUGUUGUUCCCGGCACUAACCUCUCCCGUCGUCCAACGAGAAUUACACCAAGAGUUCCCAGGUUUUUUUCUCUCUCUCCCUUUUAAUUUGAAUUUUUUUUGAAGUACAAAACAAUGAAAUGCAAUAAUUAUCAUCAGGCGGCUGGCGUGAUGAGGCACUGGAGAUCACUGCGGAUGGCAAUUUAUGGAUAACGGAUAUGUUUUUCUGUUUUAUUAAAGGCUUCAUAAGUGGUGAAUCUCAUGAAAAUAUGUUAGGGUCACACUUCACUCCAGAAUCAAAAAAGAAAAAUUGUUUAGCAUUAAAAUGAAACUUUUUGAGAUUCAUUAUUCCCAUUUUUCUCAAUAAUUCUCAUUAUAUAUUUAAGUUUAUAUGGAUUUUUCGUUUGUGGUAGCACAUCUAAUAUUACCAUGCUCUAGAAAUAUUAAAUUUCAGAGUUUAAAUUAAGGUAGAAAUUGUUUUUUAAACUUAAAUUUUUUAAACUUUUUUUUUUUUUUUGCUUUACUUUGAUUACAGUAAUGAGUUUCUAGGAAAAAUAUAUGAAUAAAUAAUAUAUAUAAAUAUAUAAUAAAUAUGUUAGGGUCACACUUCAAAAUCAAAAAAAGAAAAUAAAUUGUUUAGCAUUAAAAUGAAAGUUUUUGAGAUUCAUUAUUCCCAUUUUUCUCAAUAAUUCUCAUUAUAUAUUUAAAUAUUGUAUAUUUAAGUUUAUAUGGAUUUUUUUGUGGUAGCACAUCUAAUAUUACCAUGCUUUAGAAAUAUCAAAUUUCAGAGUUUAUACAAAUCUGAAUUUACAAAAUAAAAAUUUCCUUUUAAAAUCAGCCAAAAUUGGCAUGCAAAUAAUAAAUUAAGGCAGAAAUUAUUGUUUUUUUAAACUUUUUUUUUUUUUGCUUUACUUUGAUUACAAUAAUGAGUUUCUAGGAAAAAUAUAUGAAUAAAUAAUAUAUAUAAAUAUAUAAUAAAUAUGUUAGGGUCACACUUCAAAAUCAAAAAAAGAAAAUAAAUUGUUUAGCAUUAAAAUGAAAGUUUUUGAGAUUCAUUAUUCCCAUUUUUCUCAAUAAUUCUCAUCACUGUAUUUAAAUAUUGUAUAUUUAAGUUUAUAUGGAUUUUUUUGUGUUGGCGCAUCUAAUAUUACAAUGCUCUAGAAUUACUAAAGAAAAAAAAUCCUCCAAUAUGUUUAUACAAAUAUGAACUUACAAAAUAAAAAUUUCCUUUUAAAAUCUGCCAAAAUUGGCAUACAAAUAAUACAAUAAUUUCUACCUUAAUUUAUUAGUAAUGAGAGUUUAUAGGAAAAAUGUGCUUAGUUGUCAUGACAAUGUUAGAAAAAUAGGCAACAUUUUUACAAAUAAAGAGUAUUAUUUCUUACUAUAUUUUCAAGUUUUGGGGUGCAUUAUGAUUUGGACAUGUUCUUGACCGGUUUCAUGAGAUUUACCCUAUGAGUCUUCAUCAAAUUAUAAAGUUAAAAGCAUUUCGAUGCUUGACUGACUGGAAUUAAAGCCUAAUCUUGAAUAUCAACACCGGAUCGACCAUCACUGAAACAAAACAGCCUCAAACGGCUCUGAAUCGACUCCGAAGAGGACUGGAACACAUUUUCCCAUCAUCCUCGUUUCUUUCGUCCGUGAUCUGUUCAGAUGCUCCAUCAGUUUUGUGUGUGUGUGUGAACUGAAACAGGCCUUGAUUCCCUCUGUCCAGACCCUAUGCAAACAACACAAGCCGUGUAGCUCUAUAUUUCCUCUUGCUAUAUAUACAUAUAUAUGUGUGUGUGUGGUUCUGUGCCCAUGCGUUGCGUGUUUUAACGCAGUCAGCUGACUUUGAGAGGUCAAUACUGGAGUUGAGGUGUAGAUGUACAGAUGCAUGUGUUCAUAUCAUAUUUCACCUCAAAAUACAAGGAAAAAUAGGAUUAUAUUUUGGAUGAAGAGAAUUGAAGGUUGAGAUUUUAGUUUUCUUGAUGUGACAUUAUUUGCUUGAGCGUUUUCCGCCCUCCAAAUGACUGAUGUCAUCACUGCCACAGGGAAUUCUGGGGGGGAAACCCACACAGGGAAAUCGCAUUUAUUUUCAAAACUGUAAUGUGAAAACAAAAAUGUAUAUAUUAUGUAAAUUGUAAAAUAUUUAUACUUCAUGGUAGUUUUUGCCUCUAAUUUAUACUGAUUUUAAUUUUAAAAACUAGUAUUACAGUAUUCGUUAAGCAUAAUACAGUUAAAAACGUUUAAUGACGCAUAAUUAGUUUUACAAACCAACUUAAAGAAUUAAUUACAGUAUUGGGAUCUGCUUCAUCAUCUUUUUGUCCAAUAUUGUGCUUUUUCUUCAUUUUAUUUUGGGGUGAAAUAUGAUCCACACAUGUGUUUUCAUGUGAAACUACUGCCACAUUUACAAAAAGUGAUGUUAGCACAGGAACAUAUGAAUAUUUCUUCAUGCUGUAUGUUUGUCGAGACUCACUGGAUGGUUUGCUCCUGGUUUGCUGUUGUUUUGCCUCGUUUGACCCUCUGUCGCUUUUAAACCCCCAGAACCCCAGCAGCUCAUCUGAAAUGCACGACCUGUGCCAAAACAUGUAAAUCACUGCCUCAAAGACACCUAGACGAGUUCAUUGAGACGCCACAUCUGAGAAGGAGGAACAAAAGGCUCGUGUUUAAUGAGCUGUUGAACUGUUCCUUUCAUUUGGACCCACAUUGUGUUGUUGAACAACAUCAGUGUCACUGUCUACUAAACCUGUUUCUGUUCCUCGUGUGCCAAAAUAUCAAAGAUGAUUUAAUCACUGCCAAGGCUGCUUUACUAAUCCUUUCUUUUUUUAAUUUUUGUUCUUUUUUUGUACAUCAGGUUCAGAAGUAUUGACUAUAAACUAAUAAAACUGCCAAGCGCCUGCGAGGGCGAAUCUCACCACACACACGUCAAGGAAACUAUUCUUGAUUUUGCCUUAAAAUCAAAAUAAAAUCAUUUAUGAAAUGAUAUUUUACUUACAGAAAAUAAAACCUAUUCUAGGACGAGUAAGAUGGUUUGUUUUUGGUGCAUUUCGACAAUAUUUUCAAUUCUUCAUUAUUGUAAAAAAAAAAAACCAGUGAGUUAAAAUACAUUAUUGUGUGUGUAUAUAUAAUAGCCUAAACAUUGCCUAUAGGCUAUUUAAAUAUUAACUAUAUAUAUAUGCAUGCAUGUAUGUAUAUAUAUAUAAAUAAAUUGUAGCAUGCCAUUUUAAUGCAAAUUUAUGCUAAAUUGUUUAUGCAUUUAAAACUUGCGUAUGCAUGCAUAUAUAUAUAUAUAUACACACACACACACACACAUUUUCAUGCUAUAAUUUUUAUAUAUAUAUAUACAUAGACACGCAUGCAUAUAUAUAUAUAUAUAUAUAUAUGCAUGUAUGGAUAUAAAUAAUAGCAUGCAAUUUUAAUGCAAAUUCUUGCUAAAAAUGUUUAUGCAUUUAAAUCUUGCGUAUGCAUUUAUAUAUAUAUAUAUAUAUAUACUGUAAAAAACACUUUUUUGUGUGUGAAAUGUGAUCAGGACAUGUAUUCGUGAGAUUCACCCAUGAAGCAGGCUGAAAUUUGGGAAUUCUGGGAAAAUACUGACCCCAAGUGUAACGUCUUUGAGUUUCUUUUUAACAUGACUGUAUUUAUGAAAUUGCAGUUCCUGAAAUGAAUUUUGUAAACUGCCAUAGUGUCCCUCCACUGCCACGUGACCCUCGGCUCGCUCAUAGAUAUUCCUCAGAGGUCGAGUUACAUCUGUGAGAGCGUUCUGCCAAUUGACCCGAUCCGGUGUGUGUGUGUGUGUGUGUGUGUGAGUGUGUGAAGAUCCUCCAUGUGUUAAUGCUGGUGCCAUUUCUCUUUAGUGUUUGUCUCAUUAUAUUUUCUUCUGCUAAUCUGGAGCGUGUCGAGACUGCAUUGAAUGAUGUAAAUAAAUGUGACUUGUGUUGUGAACACUGACAGAGCCACCUCAGUAUCUGUUACUGUCUGUCACAUGGACAAACCCCUCGUUUUUGUACGCUAACCUCUGUUAAUAAAAUGUUUAUAAAAUUUA